ACUCCGGCCGGAUUUAUUUAUGGAAAAUUGAGGCGAUAAUGAGCAAAAUGAAAAGUGGAAAGAGCAAUAUUCAUUUUAUUUUGUGAACGUAUAUAUUUGAUCUGCUCUUUGCUUUGCAUUGCAUCUUCUCUACGUCUUACUGCAGCAGAGCCAGAGUGUACACGUGUUUCAUGGAUUCUCAAAAUUGCAUUCAUUCAUUCCAUUAACAUUGCUUACUGCAAGUGGAAGAAAUUCAUAAACACUCUCAGAUCCAAAUCUUCGUCACCGAUUCGGAUCUCACCAAUUCAAUUCGUCCAUGCGUUUCAGGCAUAUAUUCAACCGAAUUAACUGAGUUAACUAAUUUCAACCGGUUCCACGAACCAGUUUUUAAAACACCGGUAACAGUAUAUGCAAAUCUCCAAUUAAGGUUACACAGGACACAACAACCUCCGAAGAAAACAAAAAAAUAAAAUAAUGGGAACACGAAAGAGACUCAUCUCUCCAACAGAACCUUCUCCUGAUCCAAAACAAACCACCACACAGGACAAACCUCUACAACAACAAACCACCGACCCACCAAUUGCGCCUCCCAAAUGGGGUUUUCUUUUCAAGCUCUCUCUCUUUUCCAUCCCUUACUUCUACCUCAUCUUUUUCCAUUUCACCAUCGAUUCCCACCUUCGAAGAUCCAUCAUCAUCAAUGCUGGAUUGAGUCUUGCCGGGUUCUUUGUUACUGUAAGAAUGAUCCCUGUUGCUUCUAGAUACGUUCUUAAACGGAGUCUCUUUGGCUAUGAUAUUAAUAAGAAGGGCACUCCUCAGGGUAAUAUUAAAGUGCCUGAGUCAUUGGGUAUAGUUGUUGGUAUUGUCUUCUUGGUUGUGGCAAUCUUAUUUCAGUAUUUCAAUUUCACAGCAGAUUCCAACUGGCUUGUUGAGUACAAUGCUGCUUUAGCAUGCGUAUGUUUCAUGACAUUGCUUGGAUUUGUUGAUGAUGUCCUUGAUGUCCCUUGGAGAGUAAAAUUACUACUUCCAUCAAUUGCUGCACUCCCUUUGUUAAUGGCAUAUGCGGGACACACAACCAUAGUUAUACCAAAACCACUUGUCCCACACAUUGGCAUAGAGAUUUUGGAUCUUGGAUGGAUAUAUAAACUAUAUAUGGGACUAUUGGCUGUUUUCUGCACAAAUUCAAUCAAUAUACAUGCUGGACUAAACGGACUUGAAGUUGGACAGACAGUGGUUAUUACAUAUGCUAUUCUGAUACACAAUAUUAUGCAAAUUGGAGCGUCAACUGAUCCAGAAUAUAAGCUAGCACAUGCAUUCUCCAUUUACUUGGUGCAGCCAUUGCUAGCUACCUCUUUGGCUUUACUUUCUUACAAUUGGUAUCCAUCUUCAGUUUUUGUUGGUGAUACAUAUACAUACUUUGCAGGGAUGACUAUGGCUGUGGUUGGUAUUUUAGGCCACUUUAGUGAAACACUCUUGAUUUUCUUCCUACCUCAAGUUUUGAACUUUCUCCUGUCGCUCCCCCAGCUUUCUGGCUACAUUCCAUGUCCACGUCAUCGUCUGCCAAGGUUUGACCCUCAAACUGGGCUGCUGACCGGAACAAAUGAUGGAACCCUCGUUAACUUCUUUCUAAGAAAUUUAGGCAAGAAAUCUGAGAAAUCACUUUGUAUAUAUCUUCUUAUUUUUCAGGGUAUUGCAUGUUGUUUCUGUUUCUUGCUGAGGUAUUUCCUUGCUGGUUGGUACAAAUGAAACACUAAUCUGAUAAAGUAAGAUAUGGAUCAUGAGAACCACUCGAGAAGACUGAAUUGUUGUAUAAUCAUUUUUGUAGAAAAAUCGUUUUUAGUGUAAUUGGAUAUAGGAAUUUCUUGUUACUUGAAUGUUGCAUGCUAAUUAUCGCAACUUCAAAAACAAGUUGACAUUGAAAACAUCAAGUUAUUUAAUCUCUUCACAGUGGCAAUUGUUUAAAAUGAAUACACUUGAUUAGGAGUACAA